AUGUAUCGACUGUUGUCAAUUAUCUUCUCACUUAAGCUUUUUACGAGCAUGUCGUGGCUCGCCGAAGAGAAACGUCGGAAGUUUCAAAACAUGUUUUACCCGAUAGGACUGAUAAUAACAAUAAAUUUAACCAACACUCAUGACUUCAUAGCAGACUUAAUGAAUACAAAGAAUUUAUUAUCGCCAAUUUUUUGGGAAGCUUUUGUCUUGGAGAUUGGAUAA